AUGACGUCUGAUGCUGUUCUGGCCCCCGAGGCUGGGGCAAUCCAGCCUACCAACAAGAUCGACGAGAAACUAUUGAACAUCUUGGUGAACGAUCCGGCAACAGCGGCGGUUCUGGGUAGGCAGCUGACCAUGAGUCCUCAGGACGAUGAGGCUCAGGAGGCUGCUCCUGCCGCUUGUGGUGACAUUUUCUCUAGCUUUUCACGUCGGUACACCACUGUAGAAGAGGUUGACGAUGCCAUCUGCAAGAACCGUAGCCGAUUUAUGACGGCCUUCGCAGUUGGUACCCUCACUGAGGUGUUCUUAUUCUCCAUGACAAUUUCCCCAUUCCACACGGCUGGGGUUGCGCGUGCCGUUGCCCAAACACUGACAAACGUCAGUAGCCUCUGGAAAUUUACCAUCGUCCUUCGUGUGGUAUACGUCGCUAUCCUCUUUGCCUCGUCUUCAAGGGCAUAUUUUGCAAAGUCGGCAAGAAGCGAUGAUUGGCGCUCUGUAUACAAGAUCGCCCUUGCUGGAAUGAUGCUGGAGAUGGUUUUCACCCUCCUUGUCAAGAGGCUCAAUAUAAUAGCCUUCAUAACCAGGGGGUUAAUUGCUUUCUAUGCGACGACCCUGGCUAGCAUCGUCGCAGCAACCAGCAGUGAAUACAUGCCUGUUGCUUCGCUCACAACCGCGGUGUAA